UCCCUAACGGAAAAGCAAAGGAUGCGUGCACCUGCAGCCUUGCUGAGGCCACGGCUGCCCACACUGGAAGCUGAGGGUGGAGGUGCCGGGUUCUUGCCUUCUGCAGAAAAGAGCUGGGCGGAGCUAGGCUAGCUGCUACACCGGCUGGCUGGCAACUAAGAGCUGCUUCACACUUCUGCCGGGGAAGGACAGAGACGGAGACUGCCAUGGAGCAGGGGAAGUGUCUGCCUGGCCUUGUCCUGGCUCUCAUUCUUCUUCAAGGUUCCGUGGCCCAGUCAGAACAAGAAAACAAUUUGAUAAGAGUGGAUGACCUUCGAGAAGAUGGUUCAGUACUUCUCACUUGUGACUUGAAAGACAAAAAUAUCCAAUGGUUCAAAGAUGGGAAGAUAAUAAGUAACUCCAGUAAAAGAACAUGGAAUCUGGGGAGUGUUAUCAAUGAUCCUCGAGGAAUUUAUUACUGUCAAAGCCCAAAGAACAGGUCAAAGCCAUUGCACAUAUACUAUCGAAUGUGCCAGAACUGCAUCGAGGUAAAUGCCACCACCAUCUCUGGCUUUAUCUUUGCUGAAAUCACCAGCAUUUUCUUCCUUGCUGUUGGAGUCUACUUUAUUGCUGGACAGGAUGGAGUUCGUCAAUCACGAGCUUCAGACAAGCAGACUUUAUUGCCAAACGACCAGCUCUACCAGCCCCUCAAGGAUCGGGAAGAAGACCAAUAUAGCCACCUUCAAGGAAACCAACUGAAAAAGAAGUGAGCUAAGGACUCAGAGUGUUGUCCCUUCUCUCCAGUUCUCAGCAACAUAUUUUGGAAGAGCUUCCAGCAGAAAGAUUUUCAGACCGGUAUCUAUACUUAAAUAUCACAGAGAUGACAAAUCUCAAAUAUCAGAGCAGAUUUGGAUUUUUGUCAAAAUAAAAUGAAAGCUACAGCUUAAUGGGUUUGCUCAGUAGUAGAGAAGUUGCAGCCCUGUAUGAAGUUAUAAGGUGUUCAAGUUCAAGAGCGCCACCCAUUGGUACGAAGUGGUAAAAAGAAAAUUUAAAAGAUCAAA